GCGACCAAGCUGCAGGGACGGCGUCCGGCGCGCUCACUUCCGCGUCCCGCCGCCCUCCGGUCCGCGCGCGCCCAGCCACCGCCGCCAUCGGACAAUAGGCCGCCCGCCCGGCUGCCGUGAACUUCCUGCCGGGGCCCGGCCGGCCUCUGUGCCCCGGACCCUGAUCCCUCUCCGCGCCGGCCAGGAUCGCAGCUCCGCGCCACCAGGGGAAGCAGCGGAGGACCGAGCGCCCGGGACGUUCCAGCGCCUCCCGCCGCCGCGCCUUUGCUCCGGCCCGGCGGGUAGGCGGCCUCUGCGCUCUUCGCUCUGGGCGACUUAACCCCGUCCAGCGGCUGCUGCCUUGUUGUGGGUUUCCGAGUUUGGUUGCUUAAGGAGGAUGUGAUUCCCCCCCCCCCCCCUUAUUUCUUUUUCCUUUUUUGAUUUGAAACAGAGAAAAGAACUCACAGCCAGCUCGUACAGUGAAGUGCCACCAGCUACCCCCACGUGGACACCUCCGAGAGGAAAGGGAAUUGGAAGCAAACUUGGUCCAAGUGACUUUGAGGCCUUACCCUCGGCUGGACUCUAAGGCCUGGGGUCAUGACUCUCAUGCUGGGCAGGUGGAAGGCUUUACCUGUCCUGGGCUGGACGUGAGUCUCUGCCCUUCGCCAGCACCUCCACCGGCCCACCUCCACACACUCAAUACCCAGCAUCUAGGCUAGGCCCGGACACUUGUCAGCAACAUGGAUAAGUAUGACGACCUGGGCCUGGAGGCCAGUAAAUUCAUUGAGGACCUGAACAUGUAUGAGGCCUCCAAGGAUGGACUCUUCCGAGUGGACAAGGGUGCAAGCAACAACCCGGAGUUUGAGGAAACACGCAGGGUGUUUGCCACCAAGAUGGCCAAAAUCCACCUGCACCAGCCGCACCAGCUCCUGCAGGAGGAGACCCUGCCCAGGGGCAGCCGAGGUCUCGUGAACGGUGGGGGCCGCCUGGGCCCACAGGCCCACCGGGAAGCUGAUGGGGGCAGCAAGGUGACGGGGGAUGGCGCUGCGAAGCCUCCUCUCGCUGCCUCGACAGUGGCUCCUGGGACAGCCACAACCAUUGCAGCUGGGCAGCCCUUGUCCCCACCCCAGGAACAGAGGGCCAAGCUGUGUGUCCGUGGCGCAAGGCAAGGCAGCCAGGACUGUGGAUCCAAGGAGAGCGUGGCGAGUUCUGAGAUGUCUGCUUUCCAUCGGCUGGGCCCCUGUGAGGAUCCUUCCUGCCUCACCCACGGAGACUAUUAUGACAACCUCUUUUUGGCAAGCCCCAACUGGGGCGAUGAACCAGCAGUGUCCCCCAGCAUCAGGCUGGGUGUAGGAAGUGGGUGGUCUGGCACGCCAGGGAGUGGCCCGCCACUGUCCACACCCUCCAGGGUCCAUCACCUAUACCAGCAGCAGCUUUCCCCGAGCUCCAGCAGGUCAUUGCAGAGCAGCCAGGAUGGUGGUGUUGGUGGCCACAGCAGUGAGAAGCCAGCUGCUCUUUGGACCACCGCCUCCUCCCAGCGAGUGAGCCCUGGCCUCCCUUCCCCAGGCCCAGAGAACGGGGCCCUACCGAGACCUGCUCAGCCCAGGACCCCUUCUUUCUCAGCGCCCCUGGCCCUGAACCGCUCCAGUCAGGGACCUCUUCCAAGAACAAACUCGGGGGUAGGGAGUGAGGUGUCAGGCAUGAUGCCCAAACCCACUGUGGACCCUCAACCCUGGUUCCAGGAUGGCCCCAAAUCUUACCUUUCUAGCUCUGCCCCUUCAUCCUCUCCAGUCAGCAUGGACAAUAUGCAGCUGGGUGCAGUCCCUGGGCCGGGUCCCAAGCCUGGCUGUACAGACCCUGGCGUUGGUCCCAAGCUCAGCCUUGUCCAUCCAGUGAUGUCUACCUUGCCUGAGUUAUCUUGUAAAGAAAGUCCCUCUGGCUGGUCCUCUGAUGGCAGCCUGGGGCCUGUGCUCCCAGAGAGCCCCGGUUCCCCCAGGGUGAGGCUGCCUUGCCAGACCCUCCUCCCGGGCCCUGAGCUUGGACCCACGGCUGCCGAAUUGAAGUUGGAAGCCCUCACCCAACGUCUGGAGCGUGAGAUGGAUGCUCACCCGAAGGCCGAUUACUUUGGAGCCUGUGUGAAAUGCAGCAAGGGGGUGUUUGGGGCCGGCCAGGCCUGCCAGGCCAUGGGGAACCUCUACCACGACGCGUGCUUCACCUGUGCAGCCUGCAGCCGGAAGCUGAGAGGAAAAGCCUUUUAUUUUGUCAAUGGCAAAGUGUUUUGUGAGGAAGACUUCCUGUACUCUGGUUUCCAGCAGUCUGCUGACAGGUGUUUUCUUUGUGGACAUCUGAUCAUGGACAUGAUCCUUCAGGCCCUGGGGAAGUCCUACCACCCCGGCUGCUUCCGCUGUGUCAUCUGUAAUGAGUGUUUGGACGGGGUACCCUUCACUGUGGACUCAGAGAACAAGAUCUACUGUGUCCGGGAUUACCACAAGGUGUUGGCCCCCAAGUGUGCAGCCUGUGGCCUCCCCAUCCUUCCACCUGAGGGCUCAGAUGAGACCAUCCGAGUCGUGUCCAUGGACAGAGACUACCACGUGGAGUGUUACCACUGCGAGCCCCAUUCCAAGUGCCGGAGAGCUUCAUGUGGCCAGUGUUGGACAGUACAGUCCAGACCCUCACUGGGCUGGAGCUGCGUGUCUCCGCACCGGCAUUUUUUUUUGCCCGGAAAGAAUCACACAGCGCCCUCUGCUGGUUGUACGGGACUGUGUGUGGCCUUUGUGUCACUCUUGCAGUCUGUUUUGUUUUGUUUCGUCACCACUGGAUAUUUUUGCCUCACCCCAGGACUGCGGUCUGGAGCUCAAUGAUGAAGAUGGUCACCGCUGCUACCCCCUGGAGGACCACCUGUUCUGUCACUCCUGCCACAUCAAGAGGCUGGAGAAGGGUCACUCAUCCACAGCCCUUCACCAGCACCACUUCUAGCCAGAGCCUCCUGCAGAUCUCAUGGUGGGGAGGAGCCAGGGUUGCACCAUGAGGAGUCCGCGGGUUAAUUCCUGUCACCCCUGGGGACGGAUUGGGAUUGGGGGAGUGGAAGGGAGGCAGGUGCCUUUCCUUUAAACAAGGAGGGGAUCCCUGCUGGUCUGGGAUUAUGUAUUUUUUUCACUGCUGCCACACCCUCAUCAGAUUACUCAGGAAGAAACCCCAGCAAGCGCGUGGCAUGUGACAGGAGAUCUCAUUAGUGUGACUGAAUGAACCUUCCUGUCCCCUCUGGGAAGAGUUCACACUUCAGUGGGAAAGGUUUGCACUGAAGAGAGAUUUCAGGUGCCGAUAUGUUCAAUCCUUUCCCUCCCCUUUGGAAAAUACCUGCACCCAAACACCCCCUCCCAACCCCUCCCCCGCCCCACACACACCAUAAUUUAAGAUUUCCUUCCACUCCAGAGCUUCAGUUCUUCUGUAGAAUGGCUGCAAAUUUUAAUUGCAUCAUCGCAAGAGGGAUGCUCUGACAUGUGCUUUGUAUCUUAGGAAGAAUUCACUUGGUAAAGCAGAGCCAAGGUUUGAAAUAAGUGAGACGGGGUUUUCUCCUUGUAGCCUAAUAUCAUUCUGUGUGCCCCUGGAAAUCUUCACUCCUUUAAAGGCAGCUGGCGGCCUGAUGGAGGAUUGAUCCUGUUCUAGGAAAGUGUGCUUUGGGAUGAGAACUUGGUGCAGGCGCCAGGCCUCUUUUGCCCGCCUGUUGUGCUUUUUUUCCUCUGGAGCUCUCAAGAAUCUGGGACUUCAGAGUUCCCCCUGCAAAGGCUGGUCUCGGGAUCUUUCGUGGGGAUCCUCUUAUGCCUAUUUUCGCUUCUUUAACAAUGGACUUUGGGGAAGUGUGCCCACAUACUGAGACCUGACCCCUUAUUCAUGAGGAGAGUUUUUGUGUGUAAGAUCUCAAAGCCAGCCUGGGAGAGAGUGCCUGAGCAUAAGUUAUGAUAUUCAUUUCACAGGUCCCUCUCUUGCCAAUUCAGGUAUUAUGCUUGAAGAAACCAGUAUAAGGUACACUGCUUUUGUCUGUUUUUUUUUUCUUUCUGUAAAAAUUGUUUCCCUCUACUUUCAGUCUCCCACACACAAAAAAUACCUCACAGAUAAGAGCUUCAGAUUAAGGAGGAAUUUGGCCAUCACACUGGACUCAGCCAGUGUGUGUUAGGAACCUCUGGCUUCACCCAGGUCAGACCAGUGGGUCAGGGCACUGUAAUCUUAACUAAAGUUCAGCUGGGAAUAGAUCUGAUUGAUACUGGGUGCUCCUGCCUUAUGCAUUUCAUCAUGCUGGCUCCCCAGGAUGGCAAGGGCUAAGGGAGGGCCACCUACUGGCAGGAUUUCAAGGCCACCUCUGCACUGAAGAGGCAAAAUGUGCCCUGUGUGUCACACUCCUGAGGCCAGAGGUCAAUACCCCUGGGUAUUUCAAUGAGAAGAAAGUGUGAGAAAAAGGUUGGCUGGCAUUUGGCUUCUCAGCCCACAGGGAGGGACCCUGGGCCUUGUCACAGGAGGGCAGGGGCCAUCUCACGACUGCCAGCCAGGCUGGGAGCAUCUGCUCUCUGCCGCCUCACCUCACAUCCAGAGGGAGGGGAUUGGGUGGCUGGGGCCUCGGAGGGCGUCAGUGGAACCCAAAGGCACAGGGACUCACAGACUAUUCACUGGGCCCAGUUCUAAGCCUCUAAACCAUGCUUUGACUCCUUUGGUAGCAGUUGCCUGUAAGAAGCACAGAAAUGGCACCAUGAAUUGUCUUUUCCAUUUUUGUUAAAUUCAUUCUGCUGGAAUCCUUUGGCCAGAUGUCACUUCAGCCCAAGCUGUGUGAUUCUAUUGGUUCCUUUCCACAGGCUGAGCCUCCUAAAAACCCAUGAAUGUUUAUAGGAGGGCUAAAAAUCCAGGGGGCUGGGGAGGUGAACCCUGGGGUCCCCCCUCCCUUCCCAGCACACCAUCCAGCUCAGCCUUGGCAAGGCUGGUGGGCAGAUGGAGCCAGCCAGUAUGUCUCAACCUGUCUCUGCCAACCUAGGAUUAUUUCUGGCCUUGAUGACACACCUUUGCUCCACUAUCAAGUCAAGCAGAGGAAAGAAAAUUGCCUUGGAGCCACAUCAGAAGUAGCAGGGAUUUGUUUGCAACUUGGUAACAGUUGACCCUUGAACAGCAUGGGUUUGAACUGCAUGGGUCCAUUUAUAUGUGGAUAAUUUUCAGUAGUAAAUACUGCAGUCAGUACUACACGAGAUCUGUGGUUGGUUGAAUCCACGCUGCAGAGGGACCACGGUUACGGACGGCCGACUGUAAGUUAUAUGAGGAUUAACCCUUAAGUUGUUCAAGGCAUAACUGUAGUUUAAAAAUCUGAUUCACUUUUUAAAUGAAAUUUUUUUUUUUUUUUACGGUACGCGGGCCUCUCACCGCUGUGGCCUCUCCCGUUGCAGAGCACAGGCUCCGGAUGCGCAGGCUCAGCGGCCAUGGCUCACGGGCCCAGCCGCUCCACGGCACGCGGGAUCCUCCCGGACCGGGGCACGAACCCGCGUCCCCUGCAUCGGCAGGCGGACUCCCAACCACUGCGCCACCAGGGAAGCCCCUAAAUGAAAUUUUUAAAGUGUCCUUGAUUGAGGCAAUUUUGAUAUCUCAGCAAAUAUUUUAUACUGCUGAAGAAGAACAAUAAGAGAAUUUCUAGACACCCUAGAAAUCUGAGAGGCAACUUCUCUUUACUGUCAGUGUCCCUGGAGAGGGUAAUGGGUAGGAAUCUCCUACCAGUUUUGUCUCCUCCUCAGGCCCUUGCAAAAAAGCCAUGAAUAGAUGCCCACUUACCUGGUAUUUUAAACUUUCUAUAAAUUAUUAGCCAAAUAGAGCUAUAAUGGGGUUGUAUUUAUAGGCAUGUAGAAAGAACACACAAGCACUUCGUAGACCAGGAUGAAUAAGUUUGUUUUAAAAGGUAGAGCAGAUAGCCUUGAGUUCCCUAGAUGACUCGUGGACUUUAGAUAAACAAGAAUUAUGGCCUGAUUCCAGAUGCCAAAGCCAGCCUCCAGCCUUCUCCCUUGCCUCACUUUGCCCUCUAGUUUUUUCUUGUCAUUUCCCCCCCCCAGCUAGGGUCAUUCAAAAACGGCCUGAGUGAUCUGAGAAAAGCCAGGAAUGCAGUUUGGCCUGUCAUAGCAGGAUCCUCUCUCUCUGACAUUAUCCUCCCAUCUGUGGUUGAGUAGAGAGUGAUUUGUUCAUUUUUCACACAGAAGGGCAUUGAGUCCUGUUGGGUCGUUGCCUGCACGUGGCGGCAGGACUUUCCAUUUCUCCGUGGUUAGUGCUUGAGCGAAAGCCUCUUUCGGCUGAGUCCACUGAGGUUGUGCCACUGAGUCCUGGGUGGCCGGUGGGAUUACCAAGGAGUUCUGAUUGCUUUCAAGUGCUGCCAUCACCUUGUUUCCGUGGACUUGAGUUACCCAAGAUGAAAAACAGAAAUGUUAGAAUUUGAGAGAAUGAUCUGGAAUUCACACUCCUUUGCAGGCUGUUUUUGUGUGCCGUUUCCCACGUGUGUGAAAGUAUGAGAGCUAUGAUGGCUGCUAGUGCCCUUGCAAAGAAUGUGUGCAAGACUUGACCCCAAACCAUUGUUGCUUGAUGCACUUGUUAGAACUGUGGACCAGGAAACCAAGUGCUUUGUAUUCUCCUUUGUGCCAGGAAUGAGUCCUAAUUUCCCAGUUACUAUUGGAAGUAACUUUUAAAAGCAGUAGGAAAAAGAUGAGGAAGAUGUGUUAGCUAUCAAUUGUUCUGAGCCAGAACUGGACAGAUAUGGGAAAUUUCUAUAUAGUGUAUGAAAAUUUCACUCUGCAGGGAAAUUAUUUUCCCCUGUGUCUCUUCUUUUACUUUAAUUGAUUCAAAAUAUUGUUCCUGUAAAAUUAUUCAAAAUUUUACUGUUACUAUAAAAUUAUUCAGAAUAUUGUUACCAUAAAAUUAUUCAAAAUAUUGUUAACUAUAAAAUUAUUCAAAAAUUUA